GCAGUUCACAUAGAAACUUACAACCUGAAGGAAUUUUCGAUAAUAGAAUUGGACUGUUUGUGGGAGACAGCAGAGAUCAUGGGUGAAUUGCCCAAGUUACACAGGAUCUUUGCACAAACUGCCUGACUUAGUAUGUAGGAAUAUUAUUUACUACAGCCCAAAGUACUUCAAUAAUUGUCUCUUAUGGGGGUGUUUUAGACAAUCUUUUAUUGGCUGAAAAUAAUAUUUGUAACUCUUAAUGAUAGUUUUUUCAAAAUAUCUUUUUUUCUUCUUGUAACAGACAGCAGUGACUGAAUUCCUUUUCUUGGGCCUCACAGAUCAUCUCCACCUGCAGAUUGUCCUCUUUGUUAGUUUUCUUUUUGUCUGUCUUGUCACCUUGGGGAGUAAUUUGGGGAUGGUCACUCUCAUAUGGAUCGAUCCCAGACUCCACACACCUAUGUACUUCUUUCUUAGCCACUUGUCCUUUGUAGACACAUUUUCCUCUUCUUCCAUUGCCCCCAAGAUGCUGUGUGAUAUCUUUGUAGAUAAAAAGGGCUCUUUCAUGGGUUGUGCUGCACAGAUGUGGUUCUUUGGUCUUUUUGUGGAAACUGAGUGUUUGCUCUUGGCUUCCAUGGCGUAUGAUCGGUAUGUGGCCAUCUACAAACCCUUGCUGUACACCCUCAUUAUGUCCCAGAGGGUCUGUGUGCAGCUGGUUCUGGGCCCUUAUGCUGUGGGUCUUCUAAGCACCAUGAUGCACACAAUUCACACAUUUUGCUUACCCUUCUGUGGUCCAAAUAUCGUCAAUCACUUUUUCUGUGAUAUUUCACCACUGCUUUCCCUAGUGUGUGCAGACACCUGGAUCAAUAAGUUGGUGCUUUUCAUCUUCACGGGAGCCAUAGGAGUUCUCAGUGGCCUGAUCAUCAUGGUCUCCUAUGUUUGCAUCCUGGUUGCCGUGCUGAGGAUCCAGACUGCUGAUGGGAGGAGAAAAGCCUUCUCUACUUGUUCUUCUCACCUGGCAGCUGUCUCUGUCCUCUAUGGGACUCUUUUCUUUAUUUAUGUCUGACCUAGCUCAAGUUCCUCCAUAGAUAUGAAUAAAGUGAUUUCUCUGUUUUAUAUUGUGGUAGUCCCCAUGUUGAACCCACUCAUCUACAGCUUGAGGAUCAAAGAGGUGAAAGAUGCAUUCAGUAGGAAGUUUGAAAGGAAAAAAGAAUUUUUAAUACAUAAAAUAGAAUUCUAAUUGUGCUGCACCACCCUUGUUAAUUCAGUCAUGUGUGGUCAAGAGAAGACAGUACUGAGAAUGAGACAUUCCCCUUAGUUCCUGGGUCUGCUAGUUUCAAGGUCAUUCAUAUACUAGACAUAUUGUUUAUAUUGUUCUUCUUCAGUCUUCUCCUUUGCAAAAUGUUGGGGAAUAUAAAACAUUUUACAUACGUGUUGAAAGGAGAAAUGUAAGAGAUGCCAGAAUAAAGUCCACGAGAACAUUUAUAUCUUCUUACAGGUGAGAAGACAUUUUAUUCCAGCCCAGAAAAGCAAACAUUGUAAGAGAAAGAUCAA